AUGCCGACGCCGCUGCUCUGGCUCCUCGCGAGCGCCUCGGCGUUCGGCCCGCGCACGCAGCAGCGCGCGCCGCUGCCGCCGCCGCCCGCGGCGUCGCCGAUGCCCGUGCGCGUCGCCACGGGCGCCACGGGCGCGGCCUGGGUCGCGCUGGGCGCCAGGACCUUCGACGUCGAGUCGUCGCGACAGCUCGUCGGCGCGCUCGGCGUCGCGACGGCGACGUUCGAGGACAACAUCCGCGAGCCCGCGGCGGGCUUCCUCGAGCUCACGUCGCCCGUCUUCGUGCUCGAGGGCGCGCUGCUCGUCGCGCUCGCGGCGAACGUCUUCGAGGCGCGGCCCGCCGACGCCGCGCGCGUCGGCGCGUCGCUCGCGCUCGCGUCCGCCGCGACGCUCGCGGGCCUCGCCGUCGCGACGUCGAGCGGCGCCCCGGUGGUCGAUCAGGGCGUCGUCGGGCCCGCCGUCGACCUCCUCUUCCUCACGGCGGCCGUGGCCGUCAAGGCCGUCGGCGCGUCCGGCGUCGACGACGUCGCCGCGCUCCUCAAGGGCGACGCCGUGGACCUCGCGACGGACCGCGGCGAGUCCGCCGGCGGCGGCUUUUACAGAACGCUCGCGACGUUCUACCGGGGCUCGACGCUCGUCGGGAUCCUCGUCGGCGCGUCCUUCAUCUUCAGCCCCGUGAACCCCAUCGGCAUCUUCGAGACGGAGUCCGCGGCGACGCACCUGUUCCGCGCGGUCUGCGGCAUCUACAUCGCGCUCGUGCUCUGCCCGGCGGAGAGCUUGUUGUGGCGCUGCACGAAGGCCGGCGAGCUCGACCGGGCCGCGGCGCGCGCGCUCAACGGCGCCGUGGGCCUCGCGUCCGGCCUCCUCGUCGUCGACGGGCGCGUCCAGGUCGAGACGGGGUCCAAGGCCUUCGCGGAGCUCGUCGCCGCGCAGCCCGACUCGCCCAUCGUCCAAAUGGUCAACGCGGGCGACGUCGGCCGCUCCGAGACGAACACGACCGCGGCCUUCACCGUCGGCCUCAUCGUCGCGCUCUUCUACCUCGCCCAGGCCGCGGCGCCGCCCGCGGUCGACGACGCGCCGAGGUAA